CCACGAUCCCAACCACUGCCAUUCAGAAAAAAGAAAAGAAACUCCAAGAAAAUAUCUUCUCUUCUCUCUCAACGACCAUGGCAAAGCAAAAUCAUCACCAUCAACGACACCAACAAGAAGCUCAGAGCUCAGGGAAGAGACUGAAAAAAUGGGACAAGGAUUUUGAACUUGAAGAAGAAGACCCACAUGACCAAUACUACGAAGAAGAUGAUAACUAUGAAAGCAGCUGCGAGCUUCCAUUGAAACCAGCUCUGUUCUACCCAAUGACACCCACAUCAUUUGUGGUGUCCGAUGCUCUUGAACCUGACUGUCCUGUCAUUUACGUCAACAAAGUCUUCGAGUUUUACACUGGUUACCUUGCUCACGAGGUCCUUGGUCGGAACUGUCGGUUUCUACAAUAUAGGGAUCCUCGUGCUCAAAGGCGUCACCCUUUGGUUGAUCCGGUUGUUGUUUCUGAGAUUAGAAGAUGUCUAGAAGAAGGUUCAGAAUUUCAAGGUGAGCUCCUUAAUUUCAGGAAGGAUGGCACUCCCUUGGUAAACAGGCUGAGACUUUCACCUAUACAUGAUGAUGAUGGAACUAUCACACACAUAAUAGGCAUUCAAGUCUUUUCUGAAGCAAAAAUAGACCUGAACCGGGUAUCAUAUCCAAUUUUCAAAGAGACUUGCAAUCAGCAAUUUGAUCAGUCAGGUAAGUAUUCUGCAAUGAGGGGACAAUUAACAUUCAGCCAGCAUCAAGAAAUAUGUGGAAUUCUUCAGCUCUCUGAUGAAGUCUUGGCUCACAACAUUUUAUCGCGCUUGACACCAAGGGAUGUAGCUUCCAUUGGGUCUGUCUGCAGAAGGAUCCGUCAAUUGACAAAAAAUGAGCAUUUGAGGAAGAUGGUAUGUCAGAAUGCAUGGGGAAGAGAUGUGACAGGUGCGUUGGAACUGAUGACGAAGAAGUUAGGGUGGGGGCGUCUUGCCAGGGAACUGACUACUCUUGAGGCUGUUUGUUGGAGGAAAAUGACAGUUGGAGGUGCAGUGGAGCCUUCACGUUGCAAUUUCAGUGCUUGUGCAGUAGGUAAUCGACUUGUGUUGUUUGGAGGAGAAGGAGCUAAUAUGCAGCCAAUGGAUGACACAUUUGUUCUUAAUCUUGAUGCUGCAAAUCCAGAGUGGUGUCGGGUGAGUGUGGAAUCAUCCCCACCAGGGCGGUGGGGCCACACACUUUCAUGUUUAAAUGGUUCUUUGUUGGUGGUUUUUGGAGGAUGUGGGCGGCAAGGGUUGCUCAAUGAUGUUUUCGUUCUUGACUUGGAUGCCAAACAGCCAACCUGGAGAGAGGUCUUUGGUGGAACUCCUCCUCUACCAAGAUCUUGGCAUAGCUCUUGCACAAUAGAAGGUUCUAAAUUGGUUGUAUCAGGUGGAUGCACAGAUGCUGGGGUACUUCUUAGUGACACGUACUUGCUUGAUCUCACUACAGACAAUCCAACAUGGAGAGAGAUUCCAACUUCAUGGAGUCCUCCCUCUAGGUUGGGACAUUCACUUUCGGUUUAUGGUAAGACCAAAAUUCUUAUGUUCGGUGGACUUGCUAAGAGUGGCCAUUUGCAGUUGCGAUCAGGUGAGGCUUACACUAUUGAUUUAGAAGAUGAAAAGCCUCAGUGGAGGCAACUGGAGUGUAGUGCAUUGACUGGCAUAGGCAGCCAGAGUGCCGUGGUUCCUCCUCCUAGACUUGAUCAUGUUGCUGUCAGCAUGCCUUGUGGGAGAAUUAUCAUUUUUGGUGGUUCCAUUGCCGGACUUCACUCUCCUUCACAGCUCUUCCUUUUGGAUCCAUCUGAGGAGAAACCAUCAUGGAGAAUACUCAAUGUUCCCGGGCAGCCACCUAAAUUUGCUUGGGGUCAUAGCACCAUUGUGGUUGGAGGGACUAGGGUCUUGGUAUUGGGUGGGCACACGGGGGAGGAAUGGAUACUUAAUGAAUUGCAUGAGUUAUGCUUAGCAAGUAGGCAGGACUCAGACCUAUAAUAUAAACAUCAGUUGCCCAAACACUUUUUGGACCUAUGUUUUGCACCAAUCUCUCUGGAAGAAGAUUUUGCUUCAUAUUUCGUGCUAGUUGAGGUUCUUCUUUCUACAGUUUAUACUUGCAUGCUACAUGCUAUAAUCUGAAGUGAUCUUUAAGUGAUUUAUUGUGGUUUAGUUUUGUAUCAUACCUCUAAUGUAUCUUUUGCUUCCUUAAUAUUUUUUUUUCCUGUGGUACAAUGCAAACAUAUAUUAAUGCAUAUGUUUUUGUUAUAUUACUAAA